AUGUCAGGUCUUUUAACCACCAAGGAACUGCAGUUGGCCAAGUUAACUUUAGUCAAACUUGUUCAGGUAGCUGCCUUUAAUUGUGAAAUGAAAGCUCUCGAAAAAGGUGAAAAUGUUAACAAGAGUCGGGCAGCGCUGAGUUUGAAAAGAUUGGACUCUGUUAUAUCCGCGGUGAAACCAGAUAAUCUAAGUGAAAAAGAUGCAGCAGAAUGGAACCAGAAAAAUUCUGACGUUGUUGCUUACAUUAAGUUAUCAUUAUCAGAUGAACAGGCCCUACAGUUCGCAGCAGAGGAAAAUUCAAAAAUUCUUUGGGAUAAAAUAAAGUCAACAUUUAUGGGUCAAGCAGAAGACCGCAAAAUAGAUGCCAGCAAUGAAUUGAAAAAUCUUCAAAUGAAAAAUAAUGAAUCGGCAAACGAUUAUGUUGCCAGAGCAAGAGGAAUUGCUACAAAAUGUCAUUCUUUAGGACUGGAUGUCACACCUAGGGAACUCGUUUAUUAUACAGUGCGCGGACUGAAAGGGAAAUUCUCUAAAGUGCGAGAAAUUCUCAAAACCCAACGUGACAAGUCAAUGGACGAAAUAUUAGAAAUUUUACGUGAAGAAGAAAAUACCUGUUAUUCGCCGACGAACGCCAAGGACUGCUUUUACAGGAAUAAAAAUGCUAGUAGAAGUGCUCCAUGUAAUGAAAAUAAUCAAAGGAGAAAUGCACAACAUCGUGCCAAUAAAUCAACAAAACGACGAAGUGUGAGUGAUGUGUUUACUACUUCUCAUCAAGAAGAAAGCCUAAGUGAUAAAAUAUGGUUGCUGGACAGUGGAGCUUCUUGUCAUAUGGCCAAAGACAGUGUGUGGUUUGAAAAAAUAAUCCCUGAAACAAGGGAUAUUUAUUAG